AACAGCGAUGACAAUGGCAGAAGAAGAUGAUGUCAGUAGUUUAUAGAUGUAGAUGUACAUCAGGUACACAGACAAGACAGUGAGAGAUGAAUGAUACCGAAUAUAGACAGGAUGUAAAUAUGACUGAGUUUAAUUUUUCGACCCCUUGGCUCUACACGAACGAGUCAGAUGUCCACAAUAGAUCAUUAGUCGGAACAGCCUCUACACUCUCCGUCGCUUCCCAGUCCGCCCUGAUUAUAUUUUACGGAGCCGCCACGUUUCUGUCUCUGGUAGGGAACUCUAUGGUAGUACUAGUUCUAACCAGAGACGCUCUCAAACGGACUGAUCUGAAUGUGUAUCUCAUCAACUUAGCGUUCGCGGAUAUCACCAUGGCAGUGUUCUGUAUGCCGUUUAGUUUUACUGAAGUCAUGCUGCAGGGGUGGAUAUGGGGGGAAGUGAUGUGUCCUCUGAUGAGAUUCUCACAGCAGACAAGCGUGCUGGUGAGCAUCUUCACUCUCGUGACGAUCGGAGUGGAUCGUUACUACGGCGUGGUGCACCCGCUGAUGAUACGGGUGACCAAGACCAGAGCCCGGCUGAUCGUGGUGUUGAUCUGGGUGGUGUCGUCAGGCCUGGCCAUCCCGCAGUUAGCCAUCUCCCGGCAGGUCGUCUACAGCUACGGUAACCGCUGCGAGGAGGUGUGGGCGGGUAAGUACGAGUUCGGCUACACCAUCGCCUUCAUGAUCGUGUCCUACGCCCUGCCCGUGGUCAUCCUGUGCGGCACGUAUCUCCGGAUCGGCACGGAGCUCUGGGGGAAGGCACCGGCUGACGUCGGUCGGGUCGACGACAACAACCAAGCACGCCAGCGGAAGAAGAUCAUCAAGAUGCUGUGCACCGUGGUCAGCAUGUUCGUGGUGUCAUGGCUGCCACUGCACGUCUUUCGCUUCAUCCUGGACCUGCACCCCAACUUCGUGUACGACAACCCGGACCGAUCAUACAUCUUCUUCUUCUGCGCCCACUGGCUGGCCAUGUCGCACAGCUUCAUGAACCCCAUUGUCUACAGCUUCAUGAACGACCGAUUCCGGAAUGAGCUUUGCCACCUGCUUCGACAAAUGGUAGCCUGCCAACGGGCCCGUCAGCACCCCGCUAUCCAGCAGCGCCGCAAGAAGACGGGGAACAUAGAGAUGGUGGAACUGAAGAACCCACCGGACACCAACGGCAGCAUGUCGCAGUCCCCGGACCCGCAAGCCGGCGGCCCACAGUCUCCACUCACGUUCUUCAACGACAUGGAAGGGAGAAGCCGAAGAUACACAAGGUAG